AUGGAAAACACGCCGAUUGGCUCAUCAUCCGAUGAUUUCGAGGCUCGGCUCCGCGGAGAGACGUACUACCAUUCCGCCCGUCGUCGGUUUGGACUUCUCGAUCGAAGCAUCGCAGCUUGCCAAUGCCAUCUCCUGUCGGGAAUCUACUUGAUGUACACGAUUCGCCCACUUCAAGCCUGGCAAUCAUUCAUCCAAGCGUCAACAGUCUACGUCGUGUAUUUGAAAAGUCAAGGGAGGUUUAGCUCGGAGGGGAAUCAGUGGAACGACACCCAAAAACCAUCCCUCAGAAGUCUCGAGCAGAGACUCUACUGGAGUUGUCUGAAGUCUGAACACGAAAUUCUCAGCGAAAUUCCAUUACCGUCCUCAGGCCUCUCUGCAAUCAACUAUCCACACAUGUUCCCGUCCCCUCCCUCUGCGGACAUGUUAAAUGUCCCUCUCCCCAAUAGUUUUGAUGCCUUCAGUAGUGGCACUUUGUCGGCUGUCUCGCCUCAAUCUACCUCAACAACAUCAUCCGACUCGGUGGACCAAGCACUGCUACAUGAGCAAUCUUGGUUUUACUACCUCACCGAAAUAUCUCUCCUCCGACUUUCCCAUAGAAUAAUCAAGCACUUCUACACAGCAGAAAAUUCGUCGUGGCUUCGGACAAAUGUUCUGGAUAUGAUCAAUGCAGCUGAGGAAUUUGAGACCCAGCUUGAAGGAUGGAAGAGCUCGCUUCCAGUAUCAAUCCGGUUCUGGGACUCAAAUCUCUCGCCCGAUAAAUAUACCGAGCUGCAUAUAAUGACAUGGGGCCGAUAUACAAGGCUGAAAAAGCUGCUCUACCGACCAUUUCUUUAUCGCUUUGUCCAUCCACAAGACAACGACACUGUAUUGCGCGACGUCAUACAGUCAUACGCGGAAAAGUGCGUUCACUCUUGCCUGGAUCCGAUUGUUACAGUCGGCCGCCUCCACCGUCACCAUGGUUCAUGGUUUGGAUGCCGCGAGACUGUGGUGGCAUCUUUGAUCUUACUUUCGGCGAAGAAAGUUGGCUUGAUAAAGAGCAUGAAUGUGGAGAUGCAGGCAGAUUAUUUUUUGCGAUCGGGUAUCGAUCACAUGAAGUAUUGGGAGGAUGAGAGCCCCGAUAUCAAAUUAUCGCGCCAAAUCAUGGAGAUGAUGUGUGCAGAGUAUGGCACAUUGGAUCCUAGUCUGCACUAA